AUGACGGCGUCAAGCGACAUGGACGUCGAGAGUUCCCCCAAGGACCAAAUCUCCAUCAACGAAAAGGAAGCCUCCGCAGAGCCCGAACAGGAAUACCCCCCUCUCUCCAAGGUCGUCGUCAUCAUCCUCGGCCUCUAUCUCGCCGUCUUCCUCGUCGCCCUGGACCAGACCAUCAUCGGCGUCGCCAUCCCCAAGAUCACCGACCAGUUUAAGAGUAUCGAAGACAUCGCCUGGUAUGGCAGUGCCUACUUCCUCACGUCCACUGCGCUGCAGCCAUCGUAUGGGCGGAUAUACAAAAUCUUCAGCGUAAAAUGGGGCUUCUUGAUCGCCGUGCUUAUCUUCGAAAUCGGAUCGCUCAUCUGCGCCGUGGCGCCGUCAAGUACCGUGUUGAUCGUUGGAAGAGCAGUUGCGGGUAUUGGAGUCGCGGGGAUCUUCUCCGGCGCCAUGGUCAUCAUCUCUGUCACUGUCCCUCUGCCUAAGCGGCCGCUGGUGUUCGGUAUGUUUGGCAUGGUCUGGGGUAUUGCGUCCAUUGCGGGACCCCUGCUGGGAGGUGCCUUCACCGAUGGAAUCUCGUGGAGAUGGUGUUUCUAUAUCAAUCUUCCCAUUGGUGGCGUCUCCCUCGCCGUGAUCCUCUUCAUUCUCCGACUUCCCGAGAAUACCGAGUUCUCGGGAACCCCGAUCAUGCACCGCAUCCAGCAGCUCGAUCUCAUCGGCGCCAGUCUGCUCAUCCCCUCCAUCAUCUGCCUGCUGCUCGCGCUGCAGUGGGGUGGCAACAAGUACCCGUGGAGCAACUCGCGCAUCAUCGGUUUGUUCAUCGGUUUCGGUCUCAUGGCCAUUCUGUUCGCCUUCUCGCAGGUCAAGAUGGGCGAUAAGGCGACGCUGCCCCCGCGCAUGUUCACGAACCGCACCGUGCUGGCCGCCACGCUCUACGCCCUGUUCUUCGGCGGCGCCUUCUUCCUCCUCGUCUACUACCUCCCCAUCUUCUUCCAGAGCGUCAAGGGCUCCUCCGCCAUGAAGUCCGGCAUCCAGCUCCUGCCCCUGAUGCUGGCCACCGUCGUUUCCUCCGUCGCGAUCGGCGGCCUCGUCACCGCCGUCGGCUACUACACCCCGUUCCUGAUCGGCAGCACCGCCAUCGCCGCCAUCGGCGCCGGCCUCAUCACCAUGUACGCGGUCGACAUUUCGGACGGCAAGUGGAUCGGCUACCAGAUCCUGCUGGGCGCCGGCGUCGGUGCGGGCUUCCAGAUUCCCAUGACCGCCGUGCAAACCGUGCUGUCGGCCGAGGACAUCCCGCUCGGCACCGCGGCGGUCAUGUUCUUCCAGACGCUUGGCGGCGCGCUCUUCAUCGCCGUCGGCCAAUCCGUCUUCCAGAACGGCCUGAUCUCCGGCAUCGGCAAGUAUGCGCCCAGCGUGGACCCCGUGGAGAUCGUCAAGGCGGGCGCCACGGAGGUGCGGCACGUGCUGGACGUGCUGGGCAAGACGGAUCAGCUCGACGGGGUCAUCAACGCCUACAUGAGCGGACUGCGGGAUUCGUACCGCGUCAGUCUGGCGCUGACGGUGGUCGCGUUUGCGGUCAGCUUGCUCAUGGAGUGGAAGAGCGUCAAGGCGGCGGGCAAUGAGAAGAAGGAGAUGGUGGUGCCUGCGCUGUAA